AUGCCCGAGACACAGUACCCAGACUACAAGCUCCUGCCGCAGGUCUUUGAAGCCUGGCUGCGCAGAAGAUUCAACGACCCGUCAAUUGAAGUUCAAUGCAGGCAUGGCAAUUUUGUUUUCAAUUUGCCCGACAAUGAAGAGAUCACGGAACGGCCGUCCCGACGGAAGUAUUCCCUUGAAACCUUACACACACAACUUAAACAGUCCAAAGCGAGGCUUUUCGAUUCAGAUCAAGAGGAUAUAUGCUUUAUCGAGCCAAGUGAAGGAGUUGAAAGGUACUGUGAAGAAGUCAUCAAAUGCCCUUCUGAUUUGCAAAGACAUCUGUUCCAGAACCGCAAAGACCCAUACUACUGCAUAGAACCGAAGAAUUACCACACAACUGGCUUCGACGGCUUUGACACCCUCGACGCACCAAAAUGGUCCACUAUAGAGAUCCCCAGAUUAGGGCGAUCUGGUCGUGACCAUGCUAUCCAAUAUCUAAUACGGUCUAUCGAGAAGUCUACAGGCCCCAAGAAGGAGAUUACCUGGAACGUUCGACAAAUGGCCGUUCAUCACAGAUACGAUUUUGUUACUGGAAAGUCCUUUUGGCUUAGCAUGAAAAGCAACGGACUCAUGGAGGAAAGAACUAAGCAGGCAAUAUCGGAGGAUCCAGCUCUCAGACCGACUGCAGCUGAUGGUUUACCGAGGUCGUUUGCGGCAACACUGCAGAUACAUCUCAUGCAUCUUGAAUGGUGUGAUGAGUCUUGGCAAGAAUGCAUCGCAGAAUUUGAGAAAAUGAUCCGCAAAGUAUUAACUAAAGCCAAAGCGGCCAGUCUAAAUCAUUCCACAGAUUCUCGCGAAUUACCCCUCAUGAAAGCGCUGAGAAGAAAUACUAAUCUCACAGAGAGUGACGUACGAGGGAAGAAGACAGGCUUCAGCCUGAAAUAUUGGCUUGGCCUCAAAAGUGGCCUAAUGUCGUGUUUCCGUGCAGGUGGCCAGAAGAGGACUGCCCCACCACCCAUAUUGCCUGUGGCGGCGGAGAAGGACAUGGUACCUCCAGCUAAUCAGGUUGACGACUUUUCCAAGCAGCUUUACAGCCUUAUGGUACUUGGUACCUUUUCGUUCGAGGAGGUACAGCACCUCCACCACCUUGGUGAGCAGCUCGAGAGCUUUCGGGUCGUGUUACAGCUGGAUCGCCAGACACUCCGAGAUGUUACAGAGCACUACCAAGACUUGGCCAGCAGAAAUGGCUUCACUUCUAAAAUGAUGAAAGCUUGCAAAGGAGACAUGGCGUCCUUUACUCGGCGAGUGGAUCGCAUUCGAAAGAACUUGGAAAUUCGGUUGACCCAGAUCGAGUCCAUGAUGGCCUGGCUGCAGGAGGGAAAGGCCCUGUUCGAUGGCAUCCUGCAGUACCGCAGCGUGCAGGUCAGCCACGUCUUCACCGAGAGUUCCCACAUCCAAUCGGAGAAGAUGGAGCGCAUUGCACAUAAGACAGAGCAAGAAACGAUCUCGAUGCAUGUGGUGACGUGCGUUACGCUUGCAUUUCUGCCUGGGACGUUCGUAGCGGCUUUCUUUCAAAGUGGACUCGUCGAGAUCAACAAAGCCUCAGAUGACGUCCGUGGAUCUGUGGUUUUUCAUGCAGGAGCGUUCAAACUGUUUUCGGUUAUUUGCUUUCCCCUUAUGUUUAUUACCUUCGCAUUAUGGUUCAUGCUGUUCAAGAUCUUGGCCUGCAGGGCUUACAAGAGAGAGAAGGAGGAGAGCGUAGACCCUUCAGGCCCUUGCUAUAUCCACUCCCAGACUCGCCUGACCUCCGCUGACACAGGUCUCAGUUCUCCAAUGAAUGAGCUUGUGGAUCAUUUUCGGGGCGAAGUGGAGCGGGUGGCAAUCAGCGGCGUCAAUGGUGAGGAUCAGGUGGUUCUCUAUGUUCCGCUUGCUGCGCUGAAGAAGUACUGGACUGAAACGCGUGUCAAUGACAUCCUGAACUGUCCUACCUCUCCCAUCGCCGAGAAUCCUCGAGUCAUUAUUGAGAGCUACCUCCAAAUCUUUUCCACACUCGUCUAUAAUGGCUACUGCGACAGGAUCUCUUGGUUCUUUCGCAGUAAUCCCAAGAACUUGGACGACCAUAACCUUCCCUUCAAUGCACAGGUCUUCGAGCGCACUUCUGAUUGGUCAAACUCGUUUUUGGAGCACCAGUGGAUGUUUUGUCCUGCUGAAUUUGCAGAACGUCAGUAUCACAAGCGGAUAUUCGACUCCAAGGUUAUUCUACCCGUCACAUACAGCGGAGAUAUCAGAGCAAGGCGUAUUGGGCCCGAUGGAGCAACACUGCGCAAGUAUCAACUUAACUCCCAUUCCAACUCCAUCGCACCAAAGGUUUAUGAGGGUCUCGAGGGAGAAGUCCGUUACAAUGCUGAGACAGAUGUCUAUGUGAGGCUUGACAAACACUCCAAUGAUUACAUUGCGAAGCACAUUGCGAGCUUCUGCUUUCGAGGAACUCAUAAGUUCGUCAUUGUACUGGAAUACGCGGAAGGUGGUUCUCUUACGGAUUACCUAAAGAGGACUCACCCUCCUGUGACCCCAAACGACAUUAUUAUCUUAUGGGAGCAGCUAUUCAAGCUUACCGAGGCCCUGUAUCUCUUGAGCUCGAUAUACCAACAGAAUCCAGCACAGCAACAGACCCUUGUGGGUAUACAUCAGGAUAUACAUCCAGGGAACAUCUUGGUCUUUCCGAAGGCGAAUGGACGCUCUUCGUUUGACGUCAAGUUCAAGCUCACAGAUUUUGGACUGGCUGGCAUGGGCAGGGUGUCACCUUCAGACAGGAGACUAAGGACCGGAAACAGAGGGAAUAGGAUGUAUGGUAAGGACCUUCUCGAAGCUCUAUAUUUGACUAUAAAAGCUGACAAUAAUGCCAUAGGGUCUCCAGAGGUGUUCUCAAAUUUCCCAGUCCAGGACAGUUGCGACGCACGAAUAUCUCCGAUAGCUGACAUCUGGUCUCUCGGGGCUCUAUUCAGCGAUCUCCUUGUCUGGAUGAUUGCUGGCGAAGAAGAACGAGAGAGAUACUGUGGCAGAAGGGAGGCAGAGAUUUCUCAACAUUCACAUCUCCGAAGUGCAGGAUACGACUGCUGUUUUCACGAUGGCGAACAGCGGUUGAAAUCGAUCCAAGACGUCCACAAUGAAGUCUUGCGACACAAGAGAGGUAGUGACUCGAUAUCACCUCUCAUCAGCGAUAUUAUUCUGGAUCACAUGCUUGUUGGACCUCGAGAGCGGAUGGAUGCUAUGCAGAUCAGGACCUUCGCCGCAAGGAAGUUUGGAGAGAACCAGAAAGGGAACUCAGCCACCAAACUCGCAUCAGAUGGUAUGUUUUCGAUCCUGACUAGUGCGGACACAACGAUUCUUCAUGCAGGGCAACCGUUGGAAAGAGCUCUUCCAGAGAGACGAUCGACAAUGCCGGCGAAUGGUUUCAGUGGGAGUUCCCUCCCAGACAGAUCGCUACUGUCACAACCUCAUGUUGGUGAGCCAACGCCAGUGGGGGCUGCUACUGCGAACCACCCAAACCAACAGCCAAACGGAAACUCCACAUCACCAGAGAGGGUGGUCACGGUGAAGGAGGUAUACCCAAUGAUAGUGGGGGGAAACCACAGGUUUCACAUUAGCCGUCUACUCGGCGCUGGCCGCAGCAAAGCGGAUGAAAUUAUGAAUUUGCCUGGAAUGCAGGAAGCCCGAAGCAAGAUCUCAGAGAACAAUGGACGAGAUCAGAUACUUCUCUUUGACAACUUCGGCUCCAUGCACAUACACAAGAGAAAAGCAAUGAAGACCGCCAGAGUCAUCAGUUAUGUCGCUAAAGAGGCGGAUGAUGAUGGCAUGGAAGUCUACGCUGCAUCCAAGACAGCCAAGGGUCCCAUAAAAUGCAAGAAUAGCACUGAGGUCGAAGCGGCGAUCGGCAAGUUCAAGACCGUACCAGGGACAUGCAAGCUACGGAAGUGUCUCGACGACAUUCUCAACCGGGUUCUGAAAGAGGACGGCUUCAAACCUACGAGUAUCUACAUCUUCACUGAUGGUGUUUGGGAACCGGGCGAAGACCAGGUCAAGUUCGCAAUCAGCCGGGCCAUCAAGUUCCUGAUCGAACAUCGACUACCAUCAUCAGCACUCAUGUUUCAAUUUGUUCAGUUCGGCAACCAUCCGAAAGGCGAAGCACGUAUGAAGAGUUUGGACGAUGAGUGCAAGAAGGAGACCGAAGAUGAAAAGUACCAUGUUCCCUACAUCGUCAUUGGUACAUCAACGAUGUCGACAAAAAUGCUCUCAAUCACGGCGCCGGCUUAUACCAGCCCAUCAGACUAUGAACUUUCCACAGUUCCAAUACCAACUAUUACUAAGGAUACAGAUGUCCUCAUCAAAGUCCAUGCUGCGAGCAUCAAUCCAGUUGACGUGAAGAAAGCCGCCGGUGUCUUCAAGAUGGCGAUAAAGGAAGAAUUCCCGUAUAAAAUUGGGUAUGACGCAGCAGGCGUGGUCGUGGAAAUUGGAAAGGAUGUGACAAAGCUGAAAGUUGGCGAUGAAGUCUAUACGAGAUUGCCAGAAGUUGGGAGAGGUGCUUGGAGCGAGUAUGUGAAGUGCCCAGAUGGCUACGUCUCCCUGAAACCUAAGAAUCUUUCUUUUGCCGAUGCUGCGUCAUUGCCACUGGCUGGAGUCACGGCAUUGCAGGUUCUCGGGCAAUACAAGGGAACACUGGAAGGCAAGACGGUAUUUAUCCCCGCUGGCUUGAGCGGUACAGGAGCUAUCGCAUGCCAGCUAGCCAAGAAUAUCUUCCGCGCUGGCAGGGUCAUCACCACAGUCUCUACCUCCAAAAUACCCAAAGUCCCGGAGCUUCUGGGUGAGGGCACGGUGGAUCAGAGUAAGUUCUGA